AUGAGCCCGGAGAGACUCCAGGAGCUAGAAAUGAUCGACCCAACUCCGCUGCCUCCUUGGUGGACCGAAGCCUUUUCUAAGAUUGAGAUCGAGCCAAACAAGGAGAUCGCAAUAGCGCAAGCGGAGACUGCACGUUCCACUUCGGACAAUGUAGUAUACUCCGACGCAUCGGGACGCCAAGGCCACCUGGGCGCCGCGGCCGUGGCACUUAACGGCUCGCAGGAAAUAGCCGAGAUGUACCAGGUGCAGGUCGGGCCCAUGGACCGAUGGUCUGUCCAUGUCGCCGAACUAAUCGCAAUCUUGUACGCUAUCAACAUCAUCAACAAGAUCGCCCUCCAACGUCGGAGAUCAACGGGUGUGCGAGUGAGAACUACCACUGUUCUCAGCGAUAGCAUGUCGGCAUUACAAGCAAUCCAGAAUCCAGGACACAAAUCGGGACAACAGAUCAUCUACGCUAUUCUACAGGCAGACAGGAACACCAAGAGCCACGGCAUCGCCGUCCGGCUACAGUGGAUACCUGGACAUUGCGAAGCACAUGGGAACGACACCGCAGACCAACUAGCUAAAGAGGCAGCCAUACCUGGCAAAACCCACCCAUUUUCCCCCUUGCUAUCCCGCGAGAGAGCCCAUAUAAAAAAAGGAAUCUAUACACAAUGGGAAAGAGAAUGGAAAGAGUCAAGGGACGGCGGCCAUCUUCGUAAUAUCGACAACGCACUGCCAGCGAAAUACACGAGGCGGCUUUACGGAUCGCUACCAAGAAACCGAGCGUACCUGUUAGCGCAAUUGCGAACGGGACAUUGCUGGUUAUCAGCAUACGCAAAGACCUUCCGCUUCCGUAACGACGACCUGUGCGUCUGCGGCGGGCGGGCAAGCGUGAUACACGUCCUGCUGGACUGCCCGUCGCUCAAGGAUCUACGCCGAGAGCUCCGGGGGAAGGUUGGCGACGCGUUUAAUAGCAUAACAACCUUAUUGGGAGGAUCUGGAGAAAGGGGAACUGCUUCCCGUGCCAAGACGGUCGAGGCUGUCCUGGACUUUGCGGAGGCAUCACAGCGAUUUCGAAGCCGCGCGCCAUGA